CUGACACAAGAUAGCCGGCGCCAAGUAUGCGCAGCCAUUGAAGUAACGGGUAUCGGAGCGGAUGUCGGCGCGGCUAUCGGCGGUGCCCCGAGGUCCCCCGUCCCUGGCCCCGUACCGCCGGGACGGUUAUGCUAUGUUGGAUUGUGGGUCCCCGUAAUGCCGGCAACGGGUUUAAACACGCGGCUACAUCACCGGCUUCAUGCUGGUUCACAACUGGAUCUCCCCUAAACAUCGCCAAGUGCUCAGAAGUUAAGAUGAGAAGACUUCCGCUACAAAGUUGUCUCGGGGCUACAGAGCUGCCCACUACCCCCGCCCGUGUCUCUAGCCUAGAGCUGCAGACUCUGUCCAGAGCCGGGCAAAACCGCGCCCCCCAUCAACAGUUAUAUAGUCGAAACCCAGUGUCUCGCGUCAACCCUCGACGCACAGCAUUACCCACCAUGCUUCCUACCCUCAACCCCGUCAGAACUCCCGUCCGUAGGACAUACACCACCGCCAGCACAGCAGGACCAGCAACCGCUUCCCCGGAACCCGUCAUCCACCCACUAUUCGAACCACAAACCUCCACAUGGCAGUACGUCGUCGCCGACCCAACGACACAGACAGCAGCCAUCAUCGACCCGGUCCUCGACUAUGACAAGUGCACGUGCACGGUAACCACACGCGCCGCCGACGCCCUUCUCUCGUUAGUCCGAUCCCAGGGCUUCACCAUCUCCCACAUCCUUGAGACCCACGCGCAUGCAGACCACCUGACGGCCGCGUUCUACCUGCAGAAGCGGCUUGCGGCUGCUCAGGACGGGAAGAGGCCCGUGGUGGGGAUUGGGAAGAGGAUUGGGCGGGUGCAGAGUCUCUUUGGCCAGCGGUAUGAGGUUGCCAGUGAGGAGUACGACGGGGUGUUUGACGUGCUGUUUGAGGAUGACGAGGUCUUUGAGAUUGGGCGCAUGGAGGCGACGGCGAUGCAUCUGCCGGGCCACACGCCGGAUCAUAUGGGGUAUCGGAUCGGAGAUAAUGUCUUCUGCGGCGAUUCGCUGUUUCAUCCCACGCUCGGUACCGCACGGUGCGACUUCCCCGGUGGCAGCGCACAGGCUUUGUAUCGAUCUGCGAGGAAGCUGCUGGCUCUGCCGGGCCAUGUCAGGAUCUGGACGGGGCAUGAUUACCCUGGAGAGGGGGAGAGAGAGGCCGAAUCGUGGACAAGUGUGGCGGAACACAGGGCGAGGAAUAAGCUCGUCCGCGACGGAGUCAGUGAGCAAGAGUUUGUGGAGAGGAGAAACGAAAGGGAUAGCCAGCUCUCGGCCCCGAGGCUUCUGCAUGAAAGCUUGCAGGUCAAUAUCCGCGCUGGGCAGUUGCCCAGGUCCGACAAUGCCGGGAUGAGGGCGUUCAAGUUGCCGAUCGUGGUGCAAGCUGAGGGUUUGUAGCGGAAUUGGCCUGGCGACGCCUCAUGUACGAUAUUUGUGCAAUCGUGGGAUAACAAUGCUUCUGAACGGUACUAGUCUCAACGUAGCGCAGGACUAAGACAGGAAGGUAGCAGGUUCAGGAGUCGGGGAACAAACGUAACACUGGCUACUCAACUAUUUCUGGCAGAUAAAAGUUGUGCUUU